GCUUUUGGACGUCCUAGCACGCUUUUACCAUUGUUUUAUGUUGUGAAUAUUACACGGAGUAAUGGAAAAAUGCGUGAAAUCCCCGAAAAACGUCGAGUUUUUCAGCUGAAAAAUUUCCUUAGUUUACCUUCGCAACAGUAUUGCAAUAUUCAUACUGAUAUACGCUUCCCAGAUAUGUUUGAUCAGCGUGCUACCAUUGAUCCAACAAAAUCAGCCAAGUCCGUAGAAGAUAAACGACGUGUAAAGCACCAGGGAAUUUUGUUUGGCAUUGGUGGUGCCACUUACUUUAUUUUGGCAACAAAACUUGUUCAAGGUGUUGUAAAUUUCAAAUAUAUCCCUCAAGAUCAGUUGGCUCUUAGCACAUUAGAGAUUAAAUUGGAUGGAAUAGCUGAAGGACAAGUUGUGAUACUUUUACUUCUUGAACUUGCAAUUGAUUAUUUAUAUCAAAUUAAAAUCACUCAACAAAAUACAAAAUUACGCAGAAGAAAUGAAUAUAAAAAAUUAUUACGUUAUUUUAUGUGCCAGACGUAUAAAUGGCGUGGUAAACCAUUAUUUGUAAAGCAUCGGACAGCACAAGAAAUUGAAGAAGCAAAAAAUGUAAAUUUGAAUGAAUUACGAGAUCCCGUGAAGGAUGAAGAUCGUGUCAAACGUCCUGAAUGGCUGAUUCUGAUUGCGAUUUGUCCACAUUUAGGAUGUGUUCCCAUACAUGGAAAAGGUGAAUAUAAUGCUUGGUUAUGCCCAUGUCACAGUUCGUCAUUUGACACGUCCGGUCGUAUUCGAAAAGGACCUGCACCAAAUAAUCUCGUAGUACCACCAUACCGAUUUCAUGAUGAUAAUACCGUAGUAAUUGGAGACGAAUGA